AAACAUUAUAUUUAUUUACAAGGCUAGUGGUAAACUGGUUUCCAAAAGAUUUAUUUAAGAUUUUUACCAAAUUCUAAACAGUUUUGUUCUAAAAUAGCAAGAAAAGUGAAGUUUUAAAUUUGUAGAAGGCUAGUUCAGUACAUUAAACAGUGGAGGAUCAAGAUGCUGCUAACUUCAUCAUGGGUAAUAGAUAGUAUAAUAUUCCUAAUUUUUUUUGUCGUCCUGAUAUAUAAAUAUCUUACACGGAAUGCAGACUUUUGGAAAAAAAGAAACAUCCCAUUCGCAAAACCUACUCUAUUUUUUGGUAACUUCUAUGAAGUAUUCACUUUAAAAACAACAAUUCAUGAGCAGAUAAAAAAGCUAUAUGACAAAAUAGACGCACCAUACUUUGGAAUAUUCAUCUUCGAUGAACCAUUGUUAGUUUUAAAAGAUCCUAAACUUAUUAAAGAUGUUCUAAUAAAAGACGCUGUUAUUUUCGCCAAUAGAAGACCUGCAACUCCUACCCAUCCUCUCAUGGAGCACUCAGUAUUUUUCCUGAAGUUUCCGUUCUGGAAAAAAAUGAGAACGAAACUUACCCCACUGUUUACUACUGUGAUGUUAAAGACCAUGCACAAUGACUUAAGUGAAGUCUGUAAAUCAAUGACUGGAUUUUUACAGAAUCAUAAAGAUGUAAUAGAUGGAGGACAUAUUGGCGAACUUUUCACGACUGAGUUCAUUUUUAAAUGGUUCUUUGGAGCUAAUCUUGAUUGUUUUGCAGAAAAUCCCCCUCUAUUGGGAAAACUGGUGAAACAAACCAAUGAGUUUAGUUUCAGAAAUUCCAUUAUUCAAAAUCUUUUCUUUAUUAAACCAGCGUGGGUCACUAAUUUAAAGCUUAAUUUCAUAUCUGAUAAUACACUUAGAUUUUUUGGAGAUAUCUUUAAAAAAGGAAUGGCAGCUAGACAGGAAUAUGAUGGCAAACCACAGAAUUAUGUUGACUUUGCCAAUAGAGCUGUGAGAGACAAACAAAAUGGAAAGAAAGAUGCCAUGGAUUUGGAAAUGUCCACCUCAAGUGCAAUAUUUUUUUUAAUAGCUGGUAAAGAUGCUUUGAAUACGCUACUUGCUUUUACUCUGUACGAACUUUCUUUAAAUGAAAAUAUACAAAAUAGGUUAAGAGAAGAAAUUAGAGAAAAUGUUCAAAAGUUCAAUGGCAUUACCUAUGACGGACUACAAGAAAACAAAUACCUAGAAUGGUGUGUAAAUGAAAUAAUCAGAAAAUAUCCACCUAUACCGUUCAUCGACAGAAUGCCUCUCUCCGAUUACACAUUUGAGGGUACCGACUUGAAAGUACAAAAAGACAUGACCGUAAUAGUACCAUUUUAUGCGCUUCAUAGAGAUGAGAAGCAUUUUCCUAAUCCUGACGUAUUCAAUCCAGACAGGUUCGCAGAAGAACUUGAAGAAGGAGUUUAUAUUCCGUUUGGAGGAGGACCUAGAAAUUGUAUAGGUAAACGCCUGGGGAUGUUGGGCUUAUCAGUAGCAGUGUCGUAUGUAGUACUGAAUUUUGAAAUAGAAAAAUGUGCCAACACUCCAAUCAACCUUGAGUUUGAUCCAAAAAGUUUUGCACUGAAUUCGAAAACAGGUCUUCCGAUGAAAAUUACGCCUAUAAAAAACAAAAAAUAUUUAUAAAAUAAAAAGAAAACAAUAAAAUCCUUUACAAAA